AGAUAUGAGUAGACUGAAGAUGGAGGAGUCCGACAAGAGCAGUUGGAACUUAAUUAUGGAGUAAAAUCUUCGCUUGGACUGAUGCUUGAAUACUUAGUUUAGGCUGUCUGCCCUGUCAAAAUCCAACAAGGUUUUGCUUGCCAAAACUGAGGAUAACUCUCAGGUUCCUGAAUGUGCAGUCAAAUGCUGAAGCAUCUAACUAGCUGAAUCUUCUGCAUUAUUUCUGAUGUUUGAAAAGCUCUAAAGGGAAGGAGAAGACUGCCAUUCCUGUUACAGUGUUGUAAGGUUGCAUGUCUCUUUGGACUUGAUGCAUGACAUUUGCAUGACAGCUAGCAGCCUAGCUCUGGACGUGUCACUGAGCAAACAUGGCCUACCCAGCAAAUACUAAUGGCAGUGCUACAGAAAAAGAGGAAGCUCUUAUAAAUGGAGAAGAUGAGAAAGGACGGAAAGACCCCUAUUUUGUGGAAACGCCUUAUGGCUACCAGCUAGACUUGGAUUUUCUGAAGUACGUGGAUGAUAUACAGAAGGGGAAUACCAUUAAGAAACUAAACCUCCGAAAGAAGAGGAAAGCCAUACCAGCCUUAGUGUGUACCAAGAACUCUGGUGGGCAGUGCAGUGGCUGGACCUCCACGGAGUCUCUCUCUUCAUCAAACAGUGAUGAGAACAAGCAGUCUUGUUUGGCAGCAAGGAGUCAAGUAACCUUGUCUGUCGCUGCGAGACCCUCGGUUUCCUUUGAAGCAUCUCCCUCCUGCUUAACCAUCCCUGAGAGUAAGCAGCUUCCUCCUCCCUCCCCCCAGCCUCCUCUGCACAACCUCCAUGUAACAAAAACCCUCAUGGAAACACGGAGGCGACUUGAGCAGGAGAGGAUGAUGCAAGUCACACCUGGAGAUGUCCGCAGGCCGCGGCUUUCGAGCUUUGGAGGCAUGGGCUCCACAAGCUCCCUCCCCUCUUUUGUGGGAUCCAGUGGUUACAGUCACAUGUCUCAGCAGCUGCAGAAUGGCUAUCAGGGGAAUGGUGACUACGGUGCCUGCUUCAGCUCCUCCAUGGGCAGUUCCAUUCGUCACAGCCCCAUGAGCUCAGGAAUAUCCACUCCAGUCACCAAUGUGAGCCCAGUGCAUCUGCAGCACAUCAGGGAGCAAAUGGCAGUUGCCCUCAAGCGUCUGAAGGAACUUGAGGAGCAAGUCAAGACCAUUCCUGUGCUACAGGUCAAAAUUUCAGUGUUACAGGAAGAGAAGAGGCACAUGAUGGCUGAACUCAAAAACCAGAGGAAAGCCACGCAAAAUGACAUGUAUGGUUUCAGAAAGCGAUCCUACAGUGCGGGAAAUGCAGACCAGUGGGAACACAUGUCUCAGGUGAGAAGAGGUGGAGAACUGUAUAUAGAUUGUGAGGAAGAGGUGGAGAGUGCAGAGCAGACUUCUCAGAGGAUAGAGGAGUUCAGGCAGCUGACGGCUGAGAUGCAAGCCCUGGAGAAAAAAAUCCAGGAUAGCAACUAUGAAAGUCCGGCAAAUCUUCGGAUGAACAGAGAAAGCCUGACAAAAGUAGCCCGAUCUGUUGCUGUAGGUGCUGAUGAGAAUAUGAACGAUGUGGUUAUAUACAACAGAUCUGCAAGGCAACACAAAGAAGUAGCUGUGGGGACAGAGAAGGAAAUGAGAGAGUCUGGGGUUGGGGUGACAGAGGCCAUGCUCGGCUUGUCUACGGAGGUCGAAAAAGAGAUAGAGCUUCAGCAGCAGACCAUCGAAGCCCUUAAGGAGAAGAUUUACAGACUAGAGGUUCAGUUAAAGGAAACGACCCAUGACAGGGAAAUGACCAAAUUAAAACAGGAGCUGCAGGCAGCUGGUUCUAGGAAAAAAAUGGAUAAAGCUGUGAUGGCUCAGCCCUGUGUCGUCAGCAGGACGGUGGAGGCCAUUGUACAAAUGAGAGACCAAAUGGUGGGAGACCACGUGGACGUUACCGAUUCAUCGGUGGGAAACCACCUGCAGAUGAGCAGUGUUGGCACCUCCUGCAGACCUGCCAUGCGGAGCAUGGCUGCAGGCCCCGAGCUGCUGAUGAGCCAGUGGCUAGUGAGGGAGAGGGCAGAGGUGCGAGACCAGGGCACGGGGAAGUUUGUUGAGCUGCGUGAUAAGGCGGUGGGUGCAGAGACAAGGUUCUGUGAGACAGGUGUCAACACAGAGGAGACAGCAGGCAUGCCAAGCCCCCACCGGAUGGUGCAGGCGGUCGGAGCGGUGAGGUCUGUGGGCUGUGGGGAUUGCUCUGUGGACGUGGUGGUUUGCACCCCCAAGGAGAGUGUGUCCCGAGAAACAGCCACAGAGGCUGUGCCGAGAGCAGAGGCAACUGUGAUGGCAGUGCCUUCUAUGGCUAGCCAGCAAACCAGCACUGCUUUGGAGAUGGUGAGCCAGUGCACAAGCACGGAGAUGGCAUCCCUGGUGGACUGUGGGACAAACACUUCUCUGAGCUGCUGUGAUAAACAGACCAACACAGAGAGCGUGGAGAUGCGUAGCGUGGCAGUAGGCGACGGCCGUGUGAAGGACAUACACGCCUCUGCUAAAACGCGUUCGGUUGGAGUGGGCACCUUGCUCUCUAGUCACCCUGGCUUUGAAAAGCCUUCUGCAAUAAAAACCAAAGACUGUGGUGUUGGGCAGAUAAAUGUUCAUGAGAACUACCUGGUUGGUCUUAAAAUGAGGAGCAUUGCCUGUGGACCCCCUCCAUUGCCAGUUGUGCCAGCUGGCACCAGGAGCAUUGGUGUUGGUGGAGAGUCAGUGUAUGAGCCGAUGAGUGGUCUAUUGGAAAGCCCUCUGCCUCCAACUGAGCUGAGGACAGGCUUGGAUCACUACAUUGAGCGUGUGCAGAAGCUGCUGCAGGAACAGCAGAUGUUGCUUGCUGAGAACUACAGUGAGUUGGCAGAAGCCUUUGGGGAGCCCCACUCCCAGAUUGGAUCCCUCAAUUCGCAGCUCAUCAGCACUCUCUCCUCCAUCAACUCAGUCAUGAAAUACGCCAGCACAGAAGAGCUACGGAGUCUGGACCUGCAGAAGCAGUGCAUGGAGAGAAGCAGCACAUCAGCAGGUACUACUUUGGAAUACAUCCCUCAUGGCCAACUUGCAAACCCCCAUUUAACUUCAAAUUUGAGAACGCUGAAAUUGGAGCAGGACAUUGUGCCUGCUCAGGAGGAGAGGAAGACUCCUCUGGUGGAAGCUGUUCGGGGAAGGAAGUCCUUUUCUUCUCAAGACAAAACUCUUGCUCCAAUUAACCUGACAGAUGACCAGCUUGCCUCUGGCCUCUAUGUAUGUACUAAUAAUGAAAACACACUCAAAUCUAUCAUGAAGAAAAGGGACGGGAAGAAGGAUUUGAGCAACACCAAGAAAAACUUGCAGUUUGUUGGCAUUAACGGCGGGUAUGAGACGACAUCCAGCGAUGACUCCAGCUCUGAGGAGAGCUCCUCCUCAGAUUCAGAGGAGGACUGUGAAGACCAAGAGUACCCCCACAGCCGGCACACAGAGGAGGGGCAGCCUGUGCCCUGUGCUCCAGAGGUCUGUGCCAUGGGUGCAGAGAGAGACAGCAUCCCUCCAGAAAGCGAGGCUGAGGAUGUGGAAAUCAGAGAGAGAUAUGAACUAAGUGAAAAGAUGCUUUCUGCCUGUCAUCUGCUGAGGAACAACAUUGAUGACCCCAAGGCAUUGACCAACAAAGAUGUGAGGUUUUGUUUAAAUACCAUCCAGCAUGAGUGGUUUCGUGUCUCAAGUCAGAAGUCGGCUGUCCCUGAAAUGGUUGGAGACUACAUAACUACUUUUGAAGAGAUUUCCCCUGCUGUCCUCAGACAUAUCAUCAAUAUGGCAGAUGGAAACGGAAACACAGCUCUGCAUUACAGUGUCUCACAUUCUAACUUUGAAAUUGUAAAGCUUCUUCUGGAUGCAAAUGUCUGUAAUGUAAAUCAUCAGAACAAGGCCGGCUAUACCCCCAUCAUGCUUGCUGCGCUUGCAGCUGUGGAAGCAGAGAAGGACAUGAGGAUAGUGGAGGAACUGUUCAGCUGUGGGGACGUGAAUGCUAAAGCCAGCCAGGCUGGUCAGACGGCACUGAUGCUAGCUGUGAGUCAUGGGCGGAUAGACAUGGUUAAAGCUUUACUAGGCUGUGGUGCAGACGUCAAUAUCCAGGACGACGAGGGCUCGACAGCUCUGAUGUGUGCUAGUGAACACGGACAUGUAGAGAUUGUCAAACUUCUGCUGGCUCAGACUGGGUGUAAUGGCACCCUUGAGGACAAUGAUGGCAGCACAGCACUUUCAAUAGCCCUGGAAGCUGGACAUAAGGACAUAGCUGUUCUCCUUUAUGCCCAUGUCAACUUUUCCAAAACCCAGUCACCGGGCACUCCUAGGCUUAGCAGAAAGACAUCUCCUGGUCCAACCCACAGAGCCACAUUUGAGUAGUAGUGCAUUAAUAUCUGUAAAAAUCUCUAUGCCAUCUUUAAGCUGCUAAAUGUUACUGUUUUACUGAGACAGAUACUGAAUGUAAUUGUCUUGUGCCUGGACUCACCAGCAAAGUGAAAGCAGAGAUCUAGUGCUAAAGGUAGAAAACUGUAAACUUGAAGCAAGCAUGUAGUUAAGUAGUGCUCAGCUGAGAACUUUAGCCAGAACUAUUCUUUUGCUCACCUACUUGUCUUUCUGUACACUGGCAUAAAUCCUGUUUUUCUUUGCUAUAGAUGAUCCUUUCCUGUGUUAUGUGAAGCCUAAGACUUCUAAAGCUAUUCAUGCAGGGGUGUCCUGGUGGCUUAUUUGUAAUAAUUCUAAAACAUAUUUACUGUACCUAGAUUUUAUCACAGUAACCUUUUCAUAAAUUUCAUUCCAACAUGAUUUUGAUGUUUUUAAUUACUUUGAAAUUCAGAAGUUGCAGUUGCUUGUAUAGUCAGCUCCAUGGAUCUUGAGCUGGUGGGUGAGUGGGUAGGUAUUGGGGAUAGAGCCUCUCGUCAGGUCUGAAGUUCACUAAGUAAGUUUUUGCUAAUUGGGGAUAAUGUAUAACUUUUUUUAUGAAAGAUACUAGUAUCUAUAAAAUUAACUCGCACAGUAUUUUCAACAUUUUAUAUUCCUUAAUAAUUAAAAAAUACAUGAAGAAUUACAUGUCCUGUUACCAUAUUUUUAUUAACUGUGUCAGUCUAUAAGCUCCAUACAUGUUCAUUGGAGAGUAAAAUUAGAGGUACCAGCUAUAUAUUCCCCUUGAGUGGAAUUGAGUGUAGUUUUCAGUGCAUAUUUAUGGAAUGCUAUUACCUUGUCACAUUCACUUUAGUCAUGUGUAUUGAAAUGUUUGAAGUGCCUUAGACUCUUGCCAUAUUUUCAGAAUAAAAUUUCAUUAUGCUAUUUUA